AAACAAACCACACAAACCCUGUAAUGCUUCCUUCCUCAGCAGAAAAACACCACAACAGAGGCAGAGAACCUGCAUCCAAAUGACCAUCUCUAAUAACCAAAUGUCCACCGAAAGGCUGUUUACACAGUUCAGCUCAGAGGCUGUGUAUACCAUCAUGAUAGAUGAGACUUGCUGAGACCUUAGAUAAAGACUCCUGUGGAACAGCGUAAUUGAUGGGGACCUCAAAACCAUGGCACUGGCUGCUGCUUAUUUUCCUUAAAAUAUUGACCUUGGUAGCUUUUCAGGCCCUGCCUGUUUCCUGUAAUGCAUUUAUUUGAUGUAAGCUAACAUUUUUCUAAGCUGCUUUGUCAAGUGAUUGAAGUUAUUAGUAAAAUUAUGAAAACAUUUGUUGUCCCUUAUAUGAGAAGAAAAUUAGUCUUUCACUUUAUGGUGUAUAUAUGCUCAGUUUGAAUAACAAUAAUUGUAGAGUAACCAACUAGUCCCGUCAUUUACCUUGGCAUAACAUAAUUUUUUAAACUAAUCACCUAAGAAAAUAGUGGAUUUUCUUUUUAGAGGGAAGAGGAGUCAGGAGAACCCAACAAAAGCUAUAAAUCAAAUUAAGAACAGAUUUGAUAAGCUUCUUUACCUUAAAAAACUAGACAGAGCAAAAUCUGUUGCUAUUGUUAUUUUUAUCCCGAGGAGUCACCCUGCGCCACAAUACACUAAGUGGUACUGUGUACACGCUCACUGUAAAACAGCUAAACAUCCAUGAGUCAUUUGUUUAAUCAGUUCUGAGUUUUUAUGCCAAGCACCCGCCUUUUAAUUUGCUACGGCCAACCUGAAACAUCUGUCAAUUUUUUCCCCACGAAUUAAUAACUCUGUAAUUAAAAUCCAGCAGAGAGCUCAGCUGAGACUCCUGGUUAAUUAGGACAGGAGAUAGCCAUGUGAGCGGCAUGGCGUUACUUUAGUUGGAGAAGGCUUGGAUUUGAACCAGGGCUCUGUGGGUGACACGGAGCUACCAGACCAUGAUUUAACUAUGAAGCUUUUGGAUAUUUGUUUCAGUAGCCAGUGUGUGUAUUUGUGGGCAAUCAAAUAUUGCUGAAAUUAUUUAAUUAGGACGCAGUGCCUGAAAACUGUUUUCUUGAAAUGUGUAUUUUCAGAGGAUCUGGUGUUAGUUAUUGCUAUUCUCCAAAUAGUAAGAAAAUGAGAAGAAACAGCGAUGAGCUAAGCUCUUGCCUAGAGCUGUUUCACACUUCAAGUGGCAGUGGGAGUGUCACAAAGAGAAAAUCACCUUGGUAAAGUCCGUACCUGCUGCUAAUGUGCAAAGGUUGAGGAUUUCAGUUUCUUCCAGGAUUGCUUUCUACACUGAUAAUUGCAAUGGUGUCCAAAUAAUCAAGAUUGUUUGUGGUACUGAAAGUAUCGGCUUGAUUCAGGAUGAUGCAGGUUGGUUCCUGCAGCUUUUGAAAGGAUUCUUAUACCACAUACUUGAUACCUAAGGAUUUGGGGAUUCUUUUUCUUUUGUUUAAAGCAGCAGACAAAAAUAUUUGUUGCUGUAUCGCAUUUUAGCACACCUAUAGAUGAAAACAGCUAUCUGAAGCCCUCAUCACUUGUCAGGUAUUUUUUUAAUUUUAAAAAGUGCACCAAUUAAUAUAGCAGAAUUUUUCAAGCUUGUUCACUAAAGGCAAAGAAAUUUGUAUUGCAGCAAGAGUGAGAUAUGAAAGAUUUUUUUCAUGAACGUCAAUAAUUUGAAAACAAAAUUAGACUAAACGUCUUAAAUGCAAACCAGUUAUUUGCCAUUUUCCUUUGCAGGCAAGAUGACAGAAAGGUUCCCAAUGUCCCACAUGCUACUUUGCUGUAAAUCUGAGUUACCAAGUUCAUAGCUUAUUUUCCAUUUUGAGCUUGUUCUUUACCCAGCAGUUUGUAUAUAUAUAGCAGUCGCAUCCCAUUCACGGGAAAAUUAUCUACAAUUCCUGAAAUUUAAGAUUCAGGGAGUUUUUUAUUUCUUUAUAAGUUUUCCUGGGAGAUUCAGGCAGAGGAUUCUCCCUUCCAGUGGAUAAGGUGUAUUUAAUAAUGAAUCUCAUACAGGAAAGUUGAGUCAAGACUCAAAAUAUUCUGCAGUAUAAUAAUGAUUUCAUUGUUUCUUUAUAAAUCUAGAAUCCAUUGCAGGAAAAUAUGCCUCUGAAGAGAAGCUGGGGGAACUGGAUGAUGCAUCUUUGUCUCUGAGAAGAGUAACUUGAGGAAAGGCAUUGACCGGGCGACGUUGGGAGCGCUGCAGACGGAGGAGUGGGGACAGUUCAUGCACAUCUGCGACGUGAUCAACGCCACGGAGGAGGGGCCUAAAGAUGCAGUUAAAGCGCUAAAGAAAAAGCUUUCAAAAAACUGUAACCAGAAGGAAAUCAGGCUUACCCUGUCUCUGCUUGACAUGUGUAUAGAGAACUGCGGCCCGCGAUUCCAGUCUUUAGUUGUGAAGAAAGAUUUCUGUAAAGACAAGCUGGUGAAGCUGCUGAAUCCAAGAUACAACCUGCCAAUUGACAUGCAGGAGAAAAUCUUGACCUUUAUCAUGACGUGGGCCCGCGGUUUCCAAGGAAUGGUGGAUGUGAGUGAAGUAAAAGAAGUUUACCUAGACUUGCUGAAGAAAGGAGUGGAGUUUCCAUCUUCUGACACAAGCAGAGGGGGACCUAAGACUUCAUCUCAGCCUUCUACAAAGUCAUCACCAUCUUCAGCUAAUCCUGCAAAACGUUCUUUGCUGCCUCUUCCCACAGGCCCAACAUUACUGUUGACUCCUGAGCAGAUUGGGAAACUAUACAGUGAACUAGAUAUGGCAAAAAUGAACGUGAGAGUCAUGUCAUCAAUAUUAAAAGAAAAUGUUCCUGGCUCUGAAAAUCCAGAUGAUAUGAAUCUUUUACAGAAACUGUAUAAGACCUGUCGGAUGAUGCAGGAGAGGAUUAUGGAAUUGUUGGUGACAGUGGAGAAUGAAGAUGUGAUAGUUGAGUUAAUACAAGUAAAUGAAGAUCUGAAUAAUGUCCUCCUGGGCCAUGAAAGGUUCUCUCGAAACAGAGUUCGUUUUUUGGAGAAUCAGAGAAUACAACGUGAACGCAUGGAACUGUACAGGAAACAGCCAUCCGCUCCCUCAAGCGAUCUACUUGACCUCUCCGUAGAUUCUCCAUCUCCUGUGUCACCAGGGCAGCAAACUGACUCUGCCAUGUCUCCUUCAGGCCUCAAUUGCAUAUCUGCACAUCCUGAAGAUAAAAACAGGCAUCAUCCAUCAAUUUAUCCACAGCUAGAUUUAGCAACUGCUGCAAAAGCUCAGCAAUUCCCAUUUGCGGCUGAAGCACAAAACAAUAGUGUAAGCAACCCAGCUGGACAUUCCUAUAGCAAUUUGGUGACCCUUUUAAGCCCAGUGCCUCUGAAUCCAGUAAAUCCGCAGACUGGACAUACAAAUGGACCGUCACCAGCAGCUGCAUCAAAGAACAAGUCACAGUCACCUCAUUACUACGAGAUAAUGGAAUUUGAUCCCUUGGCUCCCACUGAAGCUAUUUAUGAAGAAAUUGAUGACAUGCUGAAGACAGAAGUUAAAAAGAAUACAGAAUGCUGAAGGUGGAGGUGGAGUCUUUUACAGAACACAUGUUACUCUCUGAUGUUGGUCCUGCGCAGUGCUUCCUAUAACGUACAAGUGAAUAACAGGACAGGUUUUGUAUUUUGACACAACAAACAAAUGGAAUACUAAGCUGUAUGGAAGGUGGAAGAGUUACUUGGAUCUACACCUUGAUCAUUUGUCCUAAAUGUUCAACUGCAUGUUCUUCAAGGUGACUUGCGGUAUUUUGAAGUAUUUUGGGGGCCUUUAAAAUAGGAUUUCCAAGUUCACCUGCGUAGGAAGUUAACACUUGACACCUGACACAAGUAAACAAAAAGGACUUCUGCAGCUACAGAAGAAAGCUUUUCUUCCAAGUUAACUGUUCCUUUGUAUUGCUUUACCCCUUUAUGCAGCAAACAAAGCAAAACGUUAUGUUUACAGAAGUUGCAGAAUCCAAUUUCUAUUUUGGCCUCAUUGUGCUCUCUGUUAAUCUCCCCAGAAGUUUAAAAGGGGGCUUUGAUAUGUGGGACUCUUCUAAAAUCGGGUCUCUUGAUAGAUGUCAGAAGACGUGCAGUGUUACUUUCCUACAUUCAUAUUCUGAAUACAGGUUUUAUUUUCUUCCUAAAAGCCUACAAUAUAGUUGGAUUUUUGUCUUGGUAGGGACAUGAGGAGCUGUCAUCCGUGCUUAACAGAAGAGAAAAAGCCCUGCUUGUUCCGUUGUUGCUGUUGCUUUUAUUUACUCACUAAAUAUUGGAGGGGGAGCAAUCAUUUCUUUCCAUGUUCCUGCCCUGCAGAGAUUGCUGUUCUGGUGAAGGAAAAAAUAAUCAUCUACAAUGCAGAUGAGCAAUAUUAUCCAUUUCUUUUAAUCAAGUUGUUUAACCCUGUUAAUAACAGUUUAAAUAAUUAAAGUGCCUUAUCUAUUUUAAUGCUGAAUGUAAAAUGUGCACUUUAACACAGGUAUAGUUCUCUAAAUUUAACUGGUAUAAAAUUUGAGAACUUAGUUCAUGUUCAUAAUUGAUAUAAGCUAGUUCUGUGAAAUACUGCAUUUUAACUGUAUUAACUCUUUAAGUGAUAAGAAGUUCUCAGCCUGUUAUACAAUUUUUGUAGCAUAAAAUUCCAAAUAAAAACAAAUGCUUACUGAGAAAUUAA